CAGCGAGCCCCCUUCCUGUGUGCCGUGGAACAACUGUUCUGUCUCUUUUCUAUCGAGCUAUCUUCAGACAUGGCCGCGUACCUGAAGGUCUUACAAUCCCUCUCCAAAUACACCGCGACCUUCGCUGGCAAGACCCCGGCUGUGUUAGCCCCAGCCGCCUGUCAACACCGGCAGCAAAGGAACUAUGCUGAUAAACGGAUCAAGGUAUCUCAGCCAAUGGUGGAGAUGGAUGGUGAUGAAAUGACACGGAUCAUUUGGGAAUUCAUCAAGGAGAAGCUUAUCUUGUCUAACGUUGAUGUAGAACUGAAAUACUUUGACUUGGGUCUUCCCUUCCGUGACCAGACCAAUGACCAGGUCACCAUCGACUCUGCACUGGCCACUAAGAAAUACAAUGUGGCUGUGAAAUGUGCCACCAUUACUCCUGAUGAGGCCCGAGUAGAGGAGUUUAAGUUAAAGAAAAUGUGGAAGAGCCCAAACGGCACAAUUAGGAACAUUUUAGGGGGCACUGUCUUCCGUGAGCCAAUCAUCUGCAAGAACAUUCCUCGUCUUGUUCCUGGUUGGACACAACCCAUUACAAUCGGCAGACACGCACAUGGUGACCAGUACAAAGCAACAGACUUUGUGGUGGAUAAGCCUGGCCAAUUCAAAAUGGUAUUCACUCCAAAAGAUGGAAGUACCCCACAGGAGUGGGAGGUAUUUGACUUCCCAGGUGGAGGCUGUGGAAUGGGCAUGUACAACACCGAUGAGUCUAUCACCGGCUUCGCACACAGCUGCUUUCAAUACGCAAUUCAGAAGAAGUGGCCUCUCUACAUGAGUACUAAGAAUACCAUCCUGAAGGCAUAUGAUGGCCGCUUUAAGGACAUUUUCCAGGAUAUCUUUGAGAAGCAGUACAAGUCAGAGUUUGAUAAACUGAAGAUCUGGUAUGAACACCGUCUGAUUGAUGACAUGGUAGCACAAGUUCUGAAGUCCUCUGGAGGCUUUGUUUGGGCCUGCAAGAACUAUGAUGGGGAUGUCCAGUCUGAUAUUUUGGCACAAGGCUUUGGCUCCUUGGGUCUCAUGACAUCUGUAUUGGUAUGUCCUGAUGGUAAGACAAUUGAGGCCGAGGCUGCUCAUGGCACUGUUACCCGUCACUACAGAGAACACCAAAAAGGAAGGCCAACUAGCACCAACCCAAUUGCAAGUAUAUUUGCCUGGACCAGGGGCCUGGAACACCGUGGCAAACUAGAUGGCAACUCAGACUUGAUCAGGUUUUCUCAGGUUCUUGAGAAAGUUUGUGUUGAGACUGUUGAAGGCAGCGUGAUGACAAAGGAUCUUGCUGGCUGCAUCCACGGCCUCAGCAACUGCAAGCUGAAUGAGCAUUAUGUGAACACCACAGAUUUCCUGGAUGCUAUCAAAAAUAAUCUUGAUAAAGCUCUGGGAAAAAAAUGAGCAGUGGAAUGUAGACCAUCCAUGAAUGAAGUUAUUUUUUUGUUUUUUUUACCUUAUUUUUAACUUAACGGUUCAAAUAUCCACAUGCAUUUUGUCUGAAAGGAAACAAAACAGCACUUUACGUUUCUGCUGUUUUUACCAGUUUGUUGGUCCGUAAAGUGCUUGUGACUCCUUGUUGUCGUAUCGGAAUGUGAAACCCAUUGGACACGAUCUUGGAAGUAAUGAUAUGACUGAAAUUCAUAGCAAUAAAAACAUCCAUUGAAAUCCAUUUGAUUGGGAGUGCUUCACUCCAGCGGCGGCAGACAUCUUGGAAGCACCAGUUGUUUUUAUUUUCCUGACAGUUCAGAUGUUUAAGUAGUUUUUUAAAACAAUUUUAAAGCACUAUUUGUGAAACCCUUACAAGAAUAAAA